UGCAUCUUCUUCUUCGAGUGACCUUUUAGAACAUUCUGCACAUUAAUGGAUUAACUGUGGAUAAUGUCAUUUGUAUAUUAUCUUCAGCCAGCAGCUUUGCAAGUGGUUGAUGGAGACACUUGGGGACGCGUCAAAGUUCAAUUUGGCACGGGGCUCCCUGCAGGCCCUGAUAAAUACCAGUUUCCUGCCUCGAGACUCACUUCCGCGGGGGAUUUUCCUCGGACCAGAUCAACGCAAGGAGAACAUGGAGAAUAGCGGCGCCAGUAGUGGAUUGACGUCAGUUCGCGGUGGAGACAAUCCAACACAGCAGAGCAACUUGUGGAGACCGUGGAACAAAACUGAGAGCCAACCUGCCCAAUUUACGACUCGCUUUGUGCAUGGAGAGAUUUCCAGCGCACAGCCCAAGAUUCAACAAGUCAUCCAUCCAGUCAAAUUGUUCUGGCCAAAGUCGAAAUGUUUUGACUAUCUGUACCGGGAUGCCGAAACGCUCUUGAGGAACUAUCCAAUCCAAGCGACCAUCUGCCCAUAUGAAAACUCCAGCAGUGAUGAAGAAGGCGAGGAUGAAGAUGAAGAUGAGAUGGAGGGAAAGGAGCAUAAUUAAACGCAAACAGUACAUGAUAUUAUGAUAUUUAUGUUUCAUUUAAAUUAUUCUUGUACAUACAUGCAAAGAGACUUUCAUUUCUAUACCUAACAAACAUGUAUAUAACUAAAUUAUUCAAACAUUCUAACUUUUGGGUAAUUUGUAACAUUGCAAUAAAGCCUUUCAGAAGAAUAUUGCUCUCUUCGUAUGUUUAUUAAUCUGAAUUAAACAAUCACAGAAUGCCAAGGCUAAGUUUUAGUUUCAAUAAAUUUCUGACAUGUAUAUGGGUAAAUGAACCAGUAGUGGCAUAAUAACAGAAAUCCAGCUUAACAUAAGACCCUUACUUGGAAAUGUGUUUUUGCAUGUAGUUUAGUUCUUCCUACAGAUAAGUGCAAAGUCCUAAACUCCCCAUUCACAUCCUGCACAGUGUCACCCGAGGUGUUAAAGCCAGUCAGAUGGGAGAUGCAAACCCAGUCAGGAAAGAACAGUAAUGAAUCAGAGAGAUGUUAAAGGAAAGCUCUUAGAGGACUGUCUCUCAACUGGUGCAGAUCAGUGAAAAAAAAAAAAUAAAUAAAAACAUAUGAAAUUAUUCAGUUUUAAGAUAAGUUACUGAUGUUCCUUUCUGUGUUGCAAUAGCAAAUGCAUGUUUGUACAUUCUGAGCAGUUCUAAUCUUUUCAUUCAGUUGUGAUAUGGCAGAACAGGGUUUUAUAUGUGACAUGAGAACAUUGGCAUUAUGCUCCAGAUCUGUUAUGUAAAUACUGUUAGUACUUGUAAUAAAAAUACCUGAACAUGAUGAUUUCUGUGUAGUUCUACACUGAAUAUAUUCUGUCAAACAAUUCUUUUAAUCUUGAAGUUGUCAGGCUCCCGUCUAAUUUUGUUUAAUGUGAGAAUCAAACUAUUGUUGACAAAGGACUAUUUCAUGUGUGACAAAAUGUGUUAUCCUUAGUAUUUUUCAGUGACUCAACCAAAAAAAUUAAUGUGUCUUUGUGACAGUCUUGUAACAAAGUGUCUAAAGAUAAAUAUUAUAAUUUUCCAGGUUUAAACUGAACAGGUUCAUCCAUUCAGCAUAGAAAUUCUUAAUAAGCCUACUGGAAGAUGAAUGUGACAAGCAAAACAUGUUUUCUCUUAAAAAUGCUACCUU